UAGAUGGUUGCAAGUACAGUAGAUCGACCGCUCUAUUGUGCAGUAAAGAUCCUCCUGCGUACCUGUUCGAGCUCAGUUACACUUUGGUCGAGGUAGAGUGAACAGUACUGCUCUUCACGGCGUAACUCGCGACGUCAACAUUUGAAGCUAGAAUGGAAACUACGUUUUAUGAAAACAAUCUCACAAGACCUAGCGAGGAUGUCGGGGCGCUAAAGCGUCCCAUGACUCUCGACUUGGAUCAGUCCAAGCCGAGUAAGAAACAAAAAAUGACAAUGUUGCUAACAUCACCAGACCUUAACAUGCUGAAAUUGGGAUCACCAGAACUGGAACGAUUAAUCAUCUCUCACAAUGGACUGGUGACAACCACCCCAACUCCAACCCAGUAUCUUUUCCCCCGGAACGUCACAGAGGAACAAGAACAAUAUGCUCGCGGUUUUGUUGAUGCUUUGAACCAGCUUCACCAAGCCACGGCGCCCAGUGCCGGCAGCAUAGUCCCUCAACCCGUCGUAGCUACAACCGAGAAAACUGCCGUGUCCAGCAGUGGCACGUGGACUGAGCUACCCAGCCAGCCACUCGUUACGAGUGGGCUCGUGAAGGAUGAGCCCCAAACUGUACCCAAUCUUGGUCAGUCACCGCCAAUGUCUCCCAUUGAUAUGGAAGACCAAGAGAGAAUCAAGCUGGAAAGGAAACGGUUGAGAAAUCGUAUAGCAGCGAGCAAAUGUCGUCGCCGAAAACUGGAGCGUAUCGCCCGCCUGGAGGAGAAAGUUGCUCAAAUGAAGACCGAAAACAGUGAGUUAGGGUCCGUAGUAACCAAACUUCGAGAUCAAGUGUGCUCCUUAAAGCAGCAGAUAAUGGAGCACGUGAAAAGCGGUUGCCAGAUAAUGGUAUCUAACCACGAUUUCUAGAGUUGUGGACAGUGACAUAAGUGAAAUCUGUGAUAAGUAAUUUAAACCUCCUAUUCUUCCCCUUGGGGGAAGAGGGCUAAGUAUUAUAGACCUAGGUAUUGAACCAGUUGGCUGAGUUACUAAUACUAAACAGCUAUGACGAGUGAACAACAAUGAGUAGUCGAGAAUGAGAGUACAGCCUAUGCAACAUUCGUUAAUAUUAAACAAGAUCCUAGUUAGAGCGUAGACAGUUUGAUUUAUCGUUGGUAAAUGUCUAAAAGCUUUGUAUUUGAUCUGUUCCCGAGUUUUAUUUGUUCGACUACUAAGUGUUUGAGCAUGUUUUCCUUUAUUUAUAGAUUGAUCGUUUAUUUUAAAAUGAGAACUAAAUCAUAAAAUGAUUUGCUGUUUUUAAACUAUUCAAAUCAGCUUGAUAUAAAAUUGCAUUAUGCUCUUGUAAAGCUUGAGAACUGUGUUUGUUAAAUAUGUAUUUUGAUUAUUCGUUAAGAAAAAAACAUACGUGAAGUUUCAAUGUAUGUGCUGCUUUAACUGCAUAGUAAAUCUAUAAGCAAUACCUGACAACAAAAAAUGUUUUUUGAUGAAUCUUAUUUUUAUAUUGUUUUAGUUGGUAAAGCGAGCUCAAGAUUGUACUGGUUAUGAUGUUUCUGUACAAAAGAUGUAUAUGUAACUGUACUUAUAAGUUAUGAAUUUAGUUUCUUUUUUAAAGAUGCAAAAAUUCACUAGUUCAUUUUGUAAGAAAAUAAAGCAGAAGCAAUUAAACCAAAAGAAUAAAA